AGGUCUAGACACAUACUAACUUACAAUUAUCCUCUCAGACGCAGUAACUCCCAGAAGGCUUGGUCACAAGGCAACCCAAUCACUCAGCGAUCUUCAUAUGCGCAGCAGAACGGCAACAUGCCCCAAAAGCAGCCAGCCUCGUCUAGAAAUCCUUCCAAAGAGUCUAACACGCCUGAUAACCAUGCACAUGAUCGCCUUGUGUUCUUGCUCACCAGCUUUAUUGGGCUAACUGCGACUGUCACAACUAAAACUGGAGAGAAAUACACCGGAGUCUUUUCGUCUGCGUCUCUAGAGCCCAACGAAUCUUCGUUCCUUCUGAAGAUGGUCCAACGACCUAAUAAGCAGGAACAGCACAGAGCGAAUGGAGUGAGUGAGGCUUCUAGCCCAUUCAUGGGAUCUGCACCGGAUCACAGCAUGUCUUUUGAUGUCAAAGAUAUAGUCGACAUCUCAGUGUCUGAUGUUUCCACCACUGAUGUUCUUGCCAAGGCUCCGAACGGUGCCUCCGUAGGCUUUAAGACUGAUACUGACAUCUCCGGCAACCUCGCAAUUCGUGAGCGGACCCUGAAGCGCUGGGAGCCAGCAGCAGACACAGAUGUGGAUUUGUCCCUAGACGGCGCAAAUGCCUCGUCCGGAUGGGAUCAAUUCGAAGCGAACGCAAGACUUUUCGGCGCUACUAGUAGCUACGACGAGAAUAUUUACACGACCAGGAUUGAUCGCUCGGAUCCUGCUUAUAAGCUGAAGGAAGCAGAGGCUGCUCGGAUCGCCCGCGAGAUUGAAGGCACAAAUACGGACAAUGUCCAUGUUCGUGAAGAGCGAGGUUUGGCGUCUGCGGAUGACGGCGAUGAAGAAGAGAAAUACAGCGGUGUGCGCCGUGAUGAGAAGGAUUUCCCACCCCUUAUCUCUGGACAGCCAAACAAGUACACCCCACCAGCCAGGAGGCAGAAUGCCGCUCAAUCCGCUGCUCUCCCCGCAUCUGCAGCCCCUGCCCGGUCGACCCCCACCGUUCCGAAGGAUGCUGCUACUGCGACGCCGAAGGAGACUGCUCCGGUCCAGGCCCAAUCUACGCCAUCCAGGGUCGCUCCAGCUCCCGCUCCCGUUGUUGAGGCGGAAAAGAAACCCGCGGCAUCCAAACCUCAACCGGGCCCUGCUCUGCCCGCUGCCAGUAAUGCUACUGCCAACGUUGAAGUUGAGGUGUUGGAUUCUUUCCGUCGAUUCGCCGAUAAUGAAAAAGCGAAGAUGCAGGAACGUCGCCGUAACCAAGCCUCAUACGACCGCACCAUUAAACUCAACGAAUUGAUGAAGUUCUCUAAAAACUUCAAACUAGCUACCCCUGUUCCCAAAGACCUAGUGCCGAUUCUUGCCAAAGAUCCCCACAAACAGGAAGAGAUCAUCCAGCGAGCCCAGCAACAUGCCGAGGAGAAAACAGCAACGAAAGCAUCCCCAGAAUCCACAGAACCGAAGCCAGUGACCCGCGCUCCUGCGGCUACUACCGCUCCCCCUCUGGCCCAGACCGACCGUUCCAACAUCUCGCGCGGUCGCCAAAUGUUCCCCCCAACCGGCCCCAAUGGUGCCCCCGCGGGGCGACUACCCCAGCAGAACAUGCAUGCGGGCCGUCAAGCCACAGGAAUGCUUGGCCACCGUCUAGCUGACAACUUGCAGCAGAGGAAGGGAGUUGCAACGGGAGUGAUCCCUGCACCCUUGCCCAUCAACGAGGUUCGCAGCCCGCCAAGUGGCCCUGCCAGUGAUCACCCUACCGUCACCAGCCCGACCAAGGCGCAGACUCCGACUUCAGCGGUCUCAAGUAAAUUCAAUGUGAGAGCUAUGGAGUUUAAGCCGAACCCUGCAGCGAACACGUUCACACCCGGCACCUCAAACAUCUCAUCUUCAUUUGCUCGUGGACGCUCUGUCUCGCGGGCCACUAGCCCGUCCGCUUUCUUUGGUGCAAAGAAGCCACGCCCAAUCUCAGAGCGACCCUCUCUUAACGAACACUUCAAUCCUAUCAAGCGCAUGAAGAAGGAAAGCACAGAAAAGAGUGACAAAGACUACACGUUCAACGGUGGCAUACCCCCUGCCUAUAAAACACUGCCCACCUGGGAUGUGCCUGCCGGCAACGAAGAGAAGACAUAUCUACAGAUGUUCAAGCCCCCUGCCUCUGUGCCGGCUAUCUCCCCCCAGAACCGUUCUGCGUCAAACUCGUCGAUUCCACAUCAACCACAGAUGCCCUUCCAGUAUCCGCAGUCCUCCCAGGGUAUGCCCCCGACAACUGGCCCUCCUCACGGCCCUCAUCUUCAUCCCCAGCAGCAUCAUGGUUCGGGUCCACCCCAUUUCGAUGAUCCCCAUCGUAUGCAGAUGUCAGCGUCAACAUCUCAAAUAUUCCCUUCUCCUCGUCUCCAGCAUGGUUAUCCUUCUCCUAUGGCACCCCAUGCUCAAUUGGCGUUCGGACAGCCUAUGCCACAGUUCUACGUCAACCAGGGCGGCCCGCAACCCGCUCAUAUGAGACACUAUCCUGGCACUUCUCAAUUCGUGAACCCGCAAUCUGGCAUGGGUGCACCCAUUAUGGUUCAGCAACCGUCCAGUGGGCCUUACAUGGGCGUUCCUCAAGGUGUGGCUCCCUACACACCUCAGAUGCAGAUGUAUUCGCCCAAUCCUGGCCAUGCUUAUCCUCAACAUGCACCACCUCCCCAGCCCCAUAGUGGUUAUCCUAGCCCUAGCCGCGGUGCCCCAAUGAUGAUGCACCAGAAUUCUCAACAGGGCCAGCCCCCACAGCCCGUCAUGUUUAUGUCUCCCGGACAGCAUGGACAGCCAGUGCACCCUUCUCAGCAGCCAGGACACAUGCCCCCGGUUCGAGGAAAUUAUCCCCAGCAGCAGCAAACCCAUUUCCAGUCUAGUCCUCACCAAGUGCAUCAUUACCCUCCUCACCAACACCGAACCCCCAGUACCGGCUAUAAUCAGAUGCCUCAAGGUCCACCUCAGGUGCCUGCUCAGCCUCCACAGGCUGCCUCGUCUGGUGCUCAACCCCAGGAAGCUGCAGACGAAGUGAAAUGAAUCUCUUCUUGAUUUUGCAAGACUCUGAAUCGCAGGCUUGGCAACCUAUCGGGAGGGCUGUGUUGACCCUCGAUGGGCAUUACUCGACUCCACUUAGCCGUGAACAAGAUCAACUCACAGUUGGCGACUCCACCUCCGUGCCGACACACACCUCAGUGUUUCUCGAAUCUAUCAGUACCAUGUUACCUUC